GAAAAUACUUCUAAUCGCAUCUUACUAUUCGAUCCGCACGAUUCCUAACGGGUCCUGCCGAUCACUCGUCAACGCAUCGCGGCGUUGUUGAACACAGAGUCCACAUCUGACCUGAUGCUCCCAUCCUCGCGCUAAGAGCACGCCUGCCUUUCUUCCCCUUCGGUCUUUGCACUGCUUUCCCCUACGGCAGUCGCAGCAUUCACACUCCUCUCCAGCAACCACACAUCGCCUCGGCCCGACAUGGCGGUGGUCAACAUUCGACGAGAUGUGGAGGAUCAAUUCUACCGCUACCGCAUGCCCUUGUUGCAGACCAAGAUCGAAGGCAGGGGUAACGGUAUCAAGACUGUCGUGCCCAACAUGUCCGACAUUGCUCGAGCCCUAAGUCGACCACCAACGUACCCCACAAAGUUUUUCGGGUUCGAAUUGGGCGCGCAAACGCAAGUGGACGACAAGAACGAUCGAUACAUCGUGAAUGGAGCGCAUCAAGCCGAUGCCCUCAGAAAGCUGCUCGACGAUUUCAUCACCAAGUUUGUCCUGUGCGGAUCUUGCAAGAAUCCGGAAACGGAUUUGAAAAUCAUGAAGGAUGGAAUGAUUAUUCGGGAUUGCAAGGCUUGUGGGAAGAGGAGCGAUGUGGAUAUGAGGCACAAGUUGACCACUUUCAUCACCAAGAACCCGCCUCCCAAGAAGGCCAAAGGAAGCAAGGGCGCCGGAAAAGCGGCAGGUCAAAGUGUGGAGGCUGAUGGUGAAGGGGUGGCAAGCGAUGAGGAGGAUGACGAUGAGAUGGCCAAACAGAUUGCCAAGGAAGCCAAAGAUACGCCCAUCGCAAAGACGGGAAAGGAUGCGGAUGAGAAUGUGGAGUGGAGCGUGGAUACUAGCGAAGCUGCAGUGAGGGAAAGAGCCGCACAAGCCCUCUCCGGAUCCAUGCAAGCUAGUCUGGUCCUCACUCCAGGAGACGACGAGGAAGAAGGAGAAGAUGAGAAUUCGCCAUACUCCAUCUUCAACCAGUGGCUGCUCGCCAACAGACCGGGCGGCGAUGAAGGUCGCGAUGAUCUCGCUUCGGCCGAGAUUUACAAAAAGGCGCAGGAGUUGGGAAUCGAGAAAAAGUACAAGGCGGUGCAGGUGCUCUUGCAAGCGCUGCUCACGGAAAAUGCACCGGCUGAAGUGCCAAAGUAUGGAGCGGUCAUUGCCAAGAUGACGACGUCGGAAAAGCAUCAAAAAGCAGCGCUAGGAGCGAUCGAGCGUCUAGCAGGCAUCACCUACCCUUCGCUCGUGCCCAACGGCGUGCCCAAAAUCCUCAUGGCCCUGUACCAAUUGGACGUGCUGGAAGAGGAGGUGGUGCAAACGUGGGGAAAACACGUUUCGAAAAAGUAUGUGGACAAGGAGACUUCUAAAAAAGUCAGAAAGGCCGCUGCGCCUUUUUUGACUUGGCUGGAGGAGGCGGACGACGAUGACGAGGAGGAAGAUUUGGAUGAUUUGUAGAUGUAGAGAAAGCUGCCUUGAAUACGGCUCCCUCUCAUUGAACGCUCCUUGCUCCGCAUGCUGUCCCUCCGGCUUUCUGCUCGACUCUGGGAGAUCUUCGAGAACAAGAGAUGUUUGCGCCAGAAGACUGCUCGA